AUGUAUCCUCCUAUGGAAGAGGAAAAACCAUCUCUACCGGUACCCUCUGCCCCUCCAGUGGUGUCCGACAUAACCGUCAUUCCCCAACAGCAAAUGCAGCAACAACAACAACAACAAAUCCAAAUUGUUCAGGUUCGGGUUCAGUCUCCCACUGGCUAUCCACUGCCUUGGUCCACCGGUCUCUGCGAUUGUUGUGAAGAUCCUGCAAACUGCUGCUUAACAUGUUGCUGCCCUUGCAUUACCUUUGGUCAGAUCGUCGAGAUAAUCGAUAGAGGAACAUCAUCAUGUGGUGGAAGUGGUGCAUUGUACGCGAUAUUGAUGUAUAUGACCGGAUGUGCGUGUUGCUAUUCCUGCUUCUAUCGCUCCAAGUUGAGGGGCCAAUAUUACCUCCAAGAAACCCCAUGUGGGGACUGCUUAGUGCAUUGUUGUUGCGAGCUUUGUGCCUUGUGUCAAGAAUAUCGUGAGCUCAACUACCGGGGCUUUCAAAUGUCAUUAGGUUGGCAUGGGAACAUGGAGAGGCCAAAUCUUGCGGUAGUCAGGGCUCCACCAAACAUGGUAGAAGGUAUGACAAGAUAGAUGAUGACUUUCAAGAUCCAAACCCCUGAAGCCCCUUUUAAAUUUUUUUUUUUUAAUUUAUCUAGUAUUUUUUUAGGUUUUUUUAAAUCCCAACCUCAUAAACCCCCUAUUGUAGUUUUUAUUUUGUUUUUUAAGAUUCUUUUUAAAUCCCCACCACAUAAACCCCUAUUCUAGUUUUUAUUUUAUUUUGUUUAGCAAUCUGACAAGGUUCAGUGGGUGAACAAUCUGCCCAACCGGUUUGGGUUUUGAAAGACUGGUGUUUACA